AUGGAAUUUGAUAAUUUUGAAGAUGAUAAUACAAAUGAAUAUAGAGAAGAAUAUGAAGAUGAUGAAGAUGAUGAUAUUGGAGAAGAAGAAAUAGAUAAAGAAAUUAAAGAAAGAUUAAGUAAUAUUAAAGGAGAGAAUCAAAUUAAAAAAGUUCAUCGACAAAUCUUCUUUUAUUAUAAUAGUUUUAAUAUUAUUAUUGGGAAACAAGGAGCAGGGAAAACAACAUUUAUAAUGAAAGAAUUAGCAAAACUCAAUAAAAUAGAACAUCAAUAUGAAGCGAUUAUUUAUGUAUCACAAAAUGCAGGAGAAGAUGAAACAUUUAAUCAACUUAAAGGACUUAUUAAAACACCAAUAUAUGGAAUGAAUUAUGAAAAAUUUAUGCCAGCAUUAAUGCAAUAUUAUAAACAACCACAAGAAAAACAUUUAUUAAUUAUAUUAGAAGAUGCAACAUUUGCAUUAAUGAAAGAAGACAAAACAUGGGGAGAAAUUAUUACAAGAUUAAGACAUUUGAAAACAACAAUUAUUGUGAAUUUACAUAUAUGGAAGGCAUUAAAUGCAUCAUUUAAAACACAAAUUGCAACUAUUAUAAUAUUUAAAGGAUAUUCUAAAGAGAAUUUUAGUUAUAUUUAUAGACAAACAGCAGGAUCAGCUACAAAUUCUGUUGCUUAUUAUUUAUAUCAAAGUAUAAAUCAAAAUGAAGUAUUAAAAAUAGAUAAUUUAACAGGAGAUUUAAGAAUUAUAAAAAGAUAA